AUGUUGAAUACAUCCUCAAGCGAAGAUGAGGAUUAUGUUGGUUCAACAGGAAAUUAUGUCGACGACGACCAAGCUAGAACAUGGUUGAAUUGUGAAGGUAGAAAUAUUGAUACGAUCGACCUGAUAUCAAAGCCACAGGUUAGUACUUUGAUGAAUUCUGGAUCACUACCAUUGAAUGAUAAAUUCAAUUUAAAAUAUGCGUCAACUAACCAAAGUCCUGCAACUAGUUGGAAGGGAAUGCAAUACAAUACAGUCUCUGAUGUUCGCAGCCCAUUCAAAAAUGCCCAGCGACCUCCACGACUAAGCGAUUGGGUUGCUAAAAAUACCAAUUCACCAAAAAUAGAUUUGACACCAAGCACUGAAAUAAUUUCUCAAGAUCCAACUGUUCCAGUAACUACAUCGACCCAGUUUAGUGUUAGCUUUGAAAGUCCUUUGGAGGCUUGUCCACUUGGUACUAGACUCAGUCCUGUUGGAGUAGUUGUUGGUCAUCUGAACAACAUAUCUCACCAGAUUUAG